AUGAGCUUUUCCAGGCAAAGAUUCGCGCCAACUUCAAGAACUCUCUCUCUCUCUCUCUCUCUCUCUCUCUCUCUCUCUCUCUCUUCUUCAAGGCGUGGAAAGGAAGCUAGUCAUACUGGUUUAUCUCAUGACCACCAAGUUGAAGCAAAAAGAUUCCAUGUGGACGUUUCUCUCUGCCUCAACCUCGUCUUCCUGCUCUUUCUGUACAACUACCACUCUCCUUCAGAUCCCCUCGGUGUUGCCCCAAUCUUUUUUGGUGAUGAAGUUGUUUUGAGAAAUCAUCUCCACUAUAAUCUAUCACAAAUAAAUAUAUUUCUUUCUUUCUCUCUCUCUCUCUCUCUCUCUCUCUCUCUCUCUCUCUCUCUAUCUAUCUAUCUAUCUAUCUAUCUCUCUCUCUCUGCAACACAAGAAAUCAUCCUUCUUCAACAAACUGGUCAAAGCUGCUACAAACUGGUAACCUAA